AUGGAGCCCCUGGCGCGACACAACUCCCCGGCCAUGGACGCCAACGGCUGCCGCAACCCACACGGCAGCAGUCGCGUGAAUGCUGCAGGGAACGAGGAAGUGGCGGUGAGGACCAGGCGCGGGGGUCGUCGGGCGCAGCGGCGUGCCACGCAGCAGCAAGUGGCACCCCCCGCCACCGCAACCGCAGCGGCGGGGACGACGUCGAAGGCGAUGGGGACAGUCGUGGUGCCAGUGCGCGGGGAGGCGGCGACGUCGUCUGGAAAUCAGCGCCCGGUGAAGUGCACGGCCGUGCGGCGACGGGCCAAGCCCGCCAACACCACCGUGACAAGGGUGGCAACGGGUGUCUCCCUAGAGGCCCUCCGGGCGAAGCGGAAUGGCACGGCGGCGGAUGGCGCCCCCGGCGGGGACGCGCGGACGAUUGAAGCAGUAAGUCGUAUUCUUCUGAUGUACGCGUCGCGGCAAGCACACGGCGGCAAGGCCAACUUUAACCGGCGCCCGGGCUCCUUUCCGAGUGAAGCCGAUGCGUGCAAGGUCGGUUUGGAGCGGGGCGGCGAUGGCGUGGAGGGGGCGGAGGGGAGCACGCUGGCGACGGCGCCAGGGGCGGCAGAGAAGAACGUUGGGGUUUUCCUGGGGGAUCUGCCGCCCUCCGGCGCCGACGUGGCCGGCACCCGCGACAUUCACGCCUAUGUGAUGUCGCUGGUUUCCUCGGGAGACCUGCCACCCGAAAGCCUAGAGGUAUUGCAUGCCAUGCUGUCUCACACCACACGCGGGGGGAGGGUAGACGCCUUUGCCGCGCCAAGGCGAGGCAGACACGGCAUUCCCCAACCGGGUUUCCCGCCCACAAGGAAGGAUGCACAACAGCCGACGACACAUGCGUUCUCUACGAAUUUCGACUGCCCCGCACAACAGCAACAACAACAUGAAUUGAUAGAACCGACAGAAGAGGAUUUAUUUGGCUAUGGCAGCUAUGCGUCAUGCAAGUAUCCCGCGUAUACGCAUGGCAUGGACUGCGCCCAGGUCGACGUAGCGCCACUUCAUUACCCCGCGGGCCAACCCAGUCUCACAGCCGACGGUGCAUACUUGGGCGAAAAGGCAGCGUCGUAUCCAUUUCUGGGCGAGUACGCUCCGCGUGAGGACCAGGCGCAGCAGCUAUCCACGCAUGCUGGGGCGCUAGACGGCGUAGCAGGGUACGAGGACUAUGCACACUUGUUAGGGACUUCUGGGAGGUGUGAAGUCAACACCAGCAAGCGGGAAGCCACCCGUAAAAGUAACUAUGGCAACGACGACGACGAUGAUGAUGAUGCGGACUUCAAGGCUAUGCUGCAGGAUAUUCGGGAUUUAGCGCAACAGGCAUCGUCGCCUCCACGGCUGGGUGACGCCAAUUCUGCAGGUGCGACGGCUGCGGCGGGGUCGUGGAAUGGGUGCAGCGGCGACUACCCGGACGAAGCCCUGCUUCUCCUCUUCCUUUUCCUCGUUGCCUGCGCCGUGCGUCACGAUCAGCCAGACGGAGCGUGA